AUGUCAAAAACUGACUACGAAAUUGAAAAGCAGCUGAUCACCGAUUGUUCCAGUUUUUCGCUUAUGGUACGCACGUUGGCUACUGUGCAUCGUGCCGUACAAAACUUUAAGUCUAUUGGGCAUAAUCACCAAACCGGCGAGCACCAUACGGGUGAGUUAAAUCCAGAUGAACUGCAUCGAGCGAAGGUUAAACUGCUGCAAGCAGCUCAGCACGACGAAUACAAUCAAGAGUUGGAGCUACUUAGAAGGGGUAAGUUUUUGCAACCCAAGCACAAUAUUUCUGCCCUGCAUCCUUUUCUGGAUGCUGAAGGAACCAUGCGCGUCGGCGGCCGUUUGCAAAAUUCAGCGCAACCGUAUGACAUGAAACACCCCAUCAUACUGCCUCAAAAGCAUCGAGCUACGGAACUACUAGUGCGUGAUUUACACCUUCGUGAUCUCCAUGCAGGCUCUGCUCUGUUGACGGCAACCAUUCGUCAACACUAUUGGAUAGUCGGUUGCCAGACGGUAGUUCGUAAGGUGGUUCAAGGAUGUACACGAUGUGUACGUCUUAAGGGAAAAACAGCUAGUCAGUUGAUGGGCAGUCUACCACCAGCCAGAGUGCUCGCCACACGUGCCUUUUCACAUGUUGGUGUGGAUUAUGCUGGUCCUAUCCAGCUUAAAGCAACGUGCGUUCGCGGAGUCAAGGUCACCAAGGGGUACAUCGUCGUGUUUGUGUGCCUCUCAACUCGUGCUGUACACUUAGAAGUGGCAAGCGACCUUUCAGCUGACACGUUCAUUGGAUCUUUGAAACGUUUCAUCUCACGCCGUGGUUAUCCUGUUGAGAUUCGGUCGGACAACGGGACCAAUUUUGUUGGUGCUGACCGUAAGUUGCGUGAAUUUUUCGAACAGAUUCAUUCCUCCAGCAAGAACGCCAGUCGCUAUUUUGGCAAUUUGGGUAUCAACUGGAUUUUCAACCCGCCCUCGGCGCCACACAUGGGCGGAAUAUGGGAGGCCGCCGCACAUAGGGGGAUGUUAAAUGUAUGA